AUGGAUGACCAACUGAUAUCCCUUGUUCCUCCAUUCAUUUGCUCAAACUCACCAAGCAGACGACCCUCUGAUAUCCUUCAGACCCUUCUGAUAUCCCUUAUUUCCUCCAUUCAUUUGCUCCAAACUCACCAAAUAGACGACCCUCUGAUAUCCACUGUUCCUCCAUUCAUUUGCUCAAACAUGUUCACACCAAGUAGACGACCCUCUGAUAUCCACUGUUCCUCCAUUCAUUUGCUCAAACUGUCCUCCUCACCAAAGCAAAUAGACGUCCCUCUAGUAUCCUUACGACCCUCUGAUAUCACUUGUUUCCUCCAUUCAUUUGCUCAAACUCACCAAGUGGACGUUCCUCCAUUCAUGCUCAAACUAUCCCUUGUUCCUCCUCAUUCAUUCAAACUCACCAAGUGGACGACCUUCUCUGAUCACUGUUCCUCUGUUCAUUUUGCUCCAAUUUCCAUUCAUUUGCUCAAACUCAAACGACCCUCUGAUAUCCUUGUUCCUCCAUUCAUUUGCUCAAACUCACCAAGCAGACGACCCUCUGAUAUCCCCUUGUUCCUCCAUUCAUUUGCUCAAACUCACCAAGUAGACGACCCUCUGAUAUCCCUUGUUCCUCCAUUCAUUUGCUCCAAACUCACCAAAUAG